GAUAAGGAAUCAAAACAAAAGGCGAAAAAGUAGAAUUUUUAUUUUAUUAGCAUGCAAAUGGGCAAAUGUUGGAAUUGAUUAAAUAAUUGUCCGUUGGUUUUGCAACCAUCAAGUCAACAUGAAGCUGUACAAGCUGAACACGCAUACGCGUGGCUGCAACAAAUCCUACGAUGCGGACUUGGUAAUGAAUCUGAAGGAUCAUCCCAACGCCAAUGUGGGGGAUGUGGUGGAAAUUUACGCCCCCGACGAGGAGAACGGCACUCACCUGCUGCUCCAAAUCACCGAGUUCAAUGGCAGCUGUGGCCGGGAUGUGAUCAGCAUCGAAUCGGGCAUCGCCAAUGCCUUCAAGAUGCGUCCGUACUCCAAUGUGGUGAUGCGCAUAGUUAAGCCGUCGGAUGUGGCCCUGGACUCGAUAGAGAUUACCUUCAAGGAUCAGUACAUGGGUCGCUCGGAAAUGUGGCGCCUGAAGACCUACCUGACGGACACCUGUGUGUAUGUGAACAAGAAGAUCGACUACAACGACAUGCAGAUUCGGUGCCAGGUGUACGAGAUGUGGUCGCAAGGCGAGCGCGUGGCCAGCGGCGUCAUCACAGAGGACACCAAGAUUGUCUUCCGCAGCAGCACUUCGAUGGUGUACCUCUUCCUGCAGAUGUCCUCCGAGAUGUGGGACUUUGACAUCCACGGUGACCUGUACUUCGAAAAGGCAGUCAACGGGUUUCUCACCGAGCUCUUUCAAAAGUGGCGUAAAUUGAGCUGUAACCACGAGGUGACCAUCGUGCUGUUCUCUCGCACCUUCUACGCAGCCAAGAGCCUGGACGAGUUUCCCGAGCAUAUGCGCGACUGCCUGCAGCAGGACUACAAGGGUCGCUUCUACGAGGACUUCUACCGCGUGGCCAUCCAGAAUGAGCGCUGUGAUGAUUGGUGUACUGUCCUGGGCCAGCUCCGAAAGCUAUUCACGUCCUACCAGGCCACUGUGCUGCGCUAUCACGAACGUGAGAACAUGAAGAUUCCCCCGGCCACAAAUUCUUCAGCCACUCAGGGUAACUUUUUGGAGGUGCUGAACAUAUCGCUGAACACUUUCGAAAAGCAUUACUUGGAUAGAACGUUCGACCGCACCGGACAGCUCUCCGUGGUUAUAACCCCAGGAGUGGGUGUCUUUUCCGUGGAUCGAGAGCUAACCAAUAUAACGAAGCAGCGCAUUAUCGAUAAUGGCGUUGGUAGCGACCUGGUCUGUGUGGGCGAGCAGCCGCUGCAUGCGGUUCCGCUUCUCAAAUUCCACAACAAAGACACCACGUUGACCUCCGCCGAUGACUACUCUCUGCCCCACUGGAUAAACUUGAGCUUCUACUCCACCAACAAGAAGAUUGCGUACUCCAGUUUCAUACCACGGAUCAAGCUGCCUCUGUUUGGAUCCCAGUUGACGCUCCACGAUGGCGUUGGCGAAGGGGAGGGCGAGGAGAACGAGCGUCACUUCCUGAGCUGCAAUCAGUCGGAGUAUAAGCACAACUCGCUCUUUGAUUACGAUGCGUAUGAUGAACAGAUCUUUCAGCCGCUGCCCGCUCAGAGUACUUGCUCGCUGCAGCGUGUAGUGCGGGCCAAAAAGACAUCGGUGCCCAGUUUAGAGACCUAUGCUUACAGGAACAACGACUGGGAGAACCUUACGCCGACUCAAAUUCCGGCCAUGCGGCGCAAGAUGUCCGAUCCCGACAUUCAUCACGGCACCUCAGCAAUGCUGGCUGCCUUGCAACCGGAUACAACCAACCUCUCCGAGUCACUGGCCUCGGAGAAGAACUCCCGCAGGACGAUCGUUAGCAUUGCGCCCAUAGUGCGUCCGGGUCGCGCCCUGAUCAAUCCCUUUGAUCCCUCGCAAGUUACAAUAAAGCUGACCUCCAAUCGCCGCCGCUGGACGCACAUAUUCCCGAAGGGCCCAACCGGUGUACUCAUACAGCAGCAUCAUUAUCAAGCGGUGCCCGCAAAACCCACGCAGGCGGGUCAGCAGAGACCAUUGCAGCAGAUCCAGAGCAACAACAACAACGACCAGGAGGAUUACGGGUGCGGAAAUGGAGAGCAGUACGACCGAGUGUCCAGCCAUUCGCUGCUCAGCAAGUCAGCCUCCUCGCAGAGCUUUGUGAUGGGUGAUGAGCACAUUGAUUUCUUUAAGCGACGUCAAAACUCGCCGAUGAACCCCUUGCCCGCCAAUGUGCCCAACCUGACGGCCACCCAGGCGAAGUCUUACCUCUGGGGAGCCACCGGGGAGCAAGAGUGGACACCAGCAAUUACCACGGUCAAGCAUCUGAGGCCGAUCGUCGAGGGCGAGCAUCAUCAUCUGGGCAGCCUGGAGGCACUAAGGGCUCUAGACCCGCCCCCCGAUGCGGAGGCGGGCGGCGGAAGAGGAAAGAUCAUCAUAGAUCCGUUUGCAGGCGUCGAUUGGAAGUCGCUUACGAUCCCCGCCUGUCUGCCCAUCACCACGGACUACUUCCCGGACAAGCGUUCGCUGAAUAACGACUAUGUGAUAUCGGAUUACACUCUGCUGCCCGACGAUGUGAAUCACGAUUACGCCCAGAGCAGAGCUGUUUACCGGAAACCCCUGUCCACGGAGGAGGUGUGCAAGGAGAUCGUGUCGCAGCGCUUGGCUCAGGGCUUCCAACUAAUCGUGGUCGACGAGAAGCCUCCGACUGCGGGCGGUUGCUCUUCGGGAUCUGCAGUGCAGCCGGUGAAACUUUCGCGUGAGACCAACAAGGAGUAUCUGCUCUCCAUUGGCCGCAUCUUUCACAAGAUCUCGUUGAGCGGCUCGGUAAUCACGGUCACUGGUUAUAGGCCCAGACACCCGUAUCCUCCGAUAAAUGUGGACUACCGCUACCGUUUCCAUGCCCCACAGCACGAAACCUACGAAAUCUCCGGCGUGAACUUCACCACCGAGAAGCUGGAGAACUUCAACUGGAACCACAUGGAUCUGUACAUCUGCACGCGUGGCGAUGUGGAUUACCCACUCAUGGAGAGCUUGAAGUACUGGCGCUAUCGCAUGUACCUGCUGCCCAGGGAGAACAUUUUGAGCAAGAUCGCCAGUUGCCAGCGAUGCGACAUAUUCCCCGACGUGACUGCGGAUAACACGCGGGAGCAGGUCGAGGACUUCGUUCGACUGAUCGAGGCGGUCAGCAAGCUGAAGCGGCAAUAUGCGCGCAAGGCGAGAGACAGCCCCAUCGCCCACAUAACCAAGCGGAGACACAGCACCAGCAUUAUAUCCAGGCCUCAGCCUAACCAGGGACUCACGAACUCUCCGUUCCGGGAGCGAGUCGGCAGCAAUCGACUGCCGGAGAAGCGACCCAGCAUCAAUGUGCGCCCCAAACUGGAGAACGGUCGGAUUCCACGGAUAUUCCCCGCCACCGAUGCAGCGGCAGCUGCAGGAGUCGCCGCCAGAGAUGAUCAGGACGAUGGUUUCCCGGUCGACAUAAAGUUCAGCCCGAAUGCUACGCUGCCCGAAAUCUUUGAGGCCAUGAAGCACCCGGUGAACGGAGUGGGCUUCUUCUCGCAGACGCAGUCGCUCCCCUCCUGCACCUUUGUGGCCUACGACGCACUAAUGUGGCUGAAAACCCGCCUAAACAACGGACGACAUCCGCUGGAUCUACUGGAGGCCAUGCGCAAGGAACGCAUGAUCUGCCAUGCUUCGGGGGAUUGGAAGAAGCCCGUGGUGCCUGGCUUUGUCUUCUACUACGUGGUGCAGCAGGAUAAAAACGCCAAAGAUUACGCCCCACCUUUGGAUGACUACAGUGCCUUUGUGAACGAGUGGCUGGAGAUUGAGUUUCAGGGAUGUAGUUUUCUCUGGCACGAUGAGCCGGUGACCACUCCGGUGCCCAAUUUCCUCAGGGACUCACCUGCUCCGCAAUCCUGGACAGAAACCAGCAGUAACAAGCGCGUGUAUCGACAGUCGCAUUUGGAGAUCGAUGUGAACCAGAAGAGCGAUCGCAUGGAGUGGGGCCAUGUGAAGCAUCACACAGUGCUGCAGCCGAGAUUCGCCUUUGAGAUCGUGGUUGAGUGGGUCACCUCAUCGGGUCCCAUAGUGGCUGACUUGAUUGGCGGCUGGAUGCGCAAGGCGAAUCAGUUCAAUUUCCUGGUAUCAGUGCCAGCGGAUCCUAUGGCAGAGCCGUUCACAAAGAAGUCGGAUCCUCUGAGAGGACCCAUUUUCAUUCCGCUUUGCACAACAUUCCUGCCCAAUGGCGCUGCCCUCUUCGAUGAGUUCCCCGAGGAGAGCAGAUCAGACAGAAUGCUGUUCUUCCAGGAAGCCAUACUGGGCAAGUUUGGCUUCUUGCCCUGCGUUUUGGAAAAGAAGUACAGCGUUGGCAAGGAUCUGCCCAAGGAGUACCAGUAUGUGCACUGCACGGGCAACAUGUUUGCCUUGAUCCGCUGCGCUACAAACAACUACCAGGUGGAAUCGCCCAUCCUGAAGGAGGCAAAUGUCACGCGCUGCGUUUAUGGGCACACCAACAACACGAACGUGCCCAAGAAAGUGGGUUUCUUGUGGGCGUGGAACCACAUGAUUCCGAACAAGAAGUGGAAGGCCCAGACGAUAAACAACUCCGCGGACGGGGAGCUCUUCCAGCUGAAGAUGCUCAAGGAUUUCCGCGAGUUUUGCUCGAACAGCGAUCAGCGCCUGUCCACUUUUUGGACCCAAUCCCAGGAGUUGAAGCGCAGGGCCCAGAAAUUCGAGUUUAACAAUAAUAACACCGAGGAGAAUAAGAUGAAGUAGAACCUAUCGAGGAUAGCACAAGUUCUUCGCCUUCUGAAUUGUACAUAGUCUAUAAACUUUAUAUAAAUUGAAUCGAAUAAAAACUGUAAAACUAAAA